AUGGACACAAACAACACCACGCCGUUUCGCUCUUUUUCGUCGGUCUCUCAGCAGUCCUUGAAUUCGUCCUCCACGAGUGUAUCUCGUGUGGCCUCGGGACCAAUUGUCAUGAAUCUAUCCAUGAACAAAAUGUCUCUGGCUGAGGAUCACAUGUACUACAAAUGUAAGGUGCUAUUGAACCGCCUUUCGCAAGUCCCUGGAAUGGGGCCAUAUAUGGCUGCGGCCCACUUGGCCGCUGAGAAAUGCGCAGAACAACAAGCGUUGGCUCUUUCACAGCUGCUUCAACAGUCUGACGGUUCAACUGGGACUUUUAGAACAUCUGUAGGAUCGCUGGGUUUCUCCAUAUAUCUGGAUCACUCUGUCGGAUCACAGGGCACAGCCAAUGCAAUGUCUGCAAACACAUUCACUUUCACAGCUGGAGUUCUUCCUGCCAAUCUCAGCGUAGACCCUGCCACACAGUUAUGGAAACUUUUCCAGAGAGGUGCUCCACUCUGUCUACUAUACAAUCAUAUUCGCCCCGAGGAGCCAAUUACCAUUCAAGAAGGAGACGACUUGCGUAUGUGCAAGAAAGCAGUGUAUGAUUUUGUAGUGGCUGUCAAAACAAACCUCAUAGUUGAUGAUGAGUCCAUGUUUACGAUUUCAAAUGUCUUCUCAGAUAACACGCAUGAUCUUCUCCGCAUUGUGGUAGUCAUUUCCUCUUUGUUGGACCAGUUCAAACUAGUGACUGGCUCAGAUGCUGAGGACGAUCUCGCUGCCAGCUUUGCUGAGAUAAAAAUUACAGAUGAGCGCUCGAAAGUUUUCAAUGAACUCAUUCAAACUGAGCGAAAAUAUAUAUCCGACUUGGAGCUUCUAUUGGACUAUAGAAAUGAGCUACGAAGCGCUGACGCUUUGUCGUCUGAGCAGCUCCACAUUUUGUUUCCCAACUUAAGCGAUAUUGUGGAUUUCCACCGUCGCUUGUUGGCCGGACUCGAAUGUAAUAUUAAUGUCCCAGCUAAGUACCAAAGGAUUGGGUCAAUCUUUGUCCACGCCUCAAACGGUCCUUUCGGCGCUUAUGAGCCGUGGACUGUGGGCCAAAUCGGAGCCAUAGAUCUCAUUAAUCGUGAAGCUGCUACUCUUAAGAGAGCCUCCUCUCUUAUAGAUCCCGGUUUCGAAUUGCAAUCGUUUAUUAUUAAACCUAUUCAGCGUCUUUGCAAAUACCCACUUUUAUUGAAGGAACUCAUCAAGACAUACACCGACUCUUCAGAUGCCACCUACUACAACGAACUACUAAUGGCAAAUGCUGCGAUGAAAGAGGUUGCCAAUCAAGUCAACGAAGCUCAAAGAAGAGCUGAAAACGUUGGUUUUCUCCAAAACCUUACGGAGAGAGUCAAGAAUUGGCGUGGAUUCAAUUUGAAAGAGCAAGGUGAAUUGUUGUACCAUAGUGUUGUCUCCAUUAAAGAUGGCGAUAAUGUCAAAGAAUACGUGGCGUAUCUCUUCGAAAGAAUUAUAUUCUUCUUUGUUGAGAAUUCGCCUAUGGAUAAUAAGCCCAAGGAGAAGAGUAAGAGAGACAUUUUCUCGAGUCGCAAGAAGUCUCAUUCGAAUGUGUCGGGGUCAACCGCAAAUCUCAUUGAGUCUCUCAAUGGUGGAAAAGACUUAUCUAUUCUUGAGCUUAAGGGAAGAGUUUACAUCUCGGAAAUUUACAAUAUCGCUUCUGGCAACUUACUGGGUUAUACAUUGGUAAUCUCUUGGUCUGGCCGAAAAGAAAGUGGGUCGUUCACACUUAAAUACCGAACUGAGGAGACAAGAAAUCAAUGGGAGAAUUGCUUGCGCUACUUGAAAUCUUCUGAAAUGAACAAUCAAAUUCAUAGAAGGUUAAGGGAUCUGCGUGGCUCCUACGGUGCUGAGCACCUGUAUGAUAGUGGACAUUAUCAAAGUGGCUACGGCGCUCCAAACGAUGUCGGCUCCAACCGUUCUUCUCAUGACUCCUCGAAGCGCCACAUCUCCUCAUCUUCGACAUUCAGUAUGAUGAAAAUGAACCGUAAUGGUGACUCGGUAGGUAAACUUCUCGAGCCACCUGCAAUUCCUAUCGGAAUAGAGGUCCACUAUAAAAAUGCAAAAAUUGAUGCAACAAUGAUGGUUGCGUCUACUCUACUGUUCCUCGAGCUCCGAGACCGCGUCUGGGAUCAUAUCGUUGCCAAUUGUGAAAUUGGUGACACUGAUCAGGUGACUAAGCUAAAGUAUAAGGAUGAAGAGGGUGAUUUUGUGGUCAUGGACUCGUUGGAUGAUUGGCAGGUGGCUGUUGAAAUGACCGAGGAGCUCGCGGAGCAACAAGGCGGCGAGUUAUCUCUUGCAAUUUGGGCAUCUUAA